UGUGAUUGCGUCUGCUGGAACGUACAAAGUUACUGCCGAUCGAACGCUCGAUUGCCAAAUAGCUUGGGUUGAUUCGGAGAAAAAACCAGAAUAGAAAAAUGAUUUCGACCGUUUUUCGUCGUAGUUCGUUAAAUUUAGUAAAAUUAGGAUUAAGAAAUUGUCUCAGGACAACAAGUUUUAGUAUAAAUUUCGAGCGUCACAAACAUUUUGGAGCAACGUCGCUCAAUCGUGGUCAACAUCGAGGCAGAAAAAAGCAAGAAUUUCAAGAAAUUGGCAAAAAAUCCACAAAUUCUGAGGAAAAUGAAGACCAAGAAGAAACAGAAAACAUCAUCGAAACUUUGAAUGACUUGGAAUACGAAAGUCUCGCAAGUAACGCGCUUCACGUUUCCAAUCGGCAAAUCGAGCAACAAGUUUUGGUCGUACAGCCAUACAUUAAAUGGGGUCCUCGCAAGAGCCAAACGAAGCCAGAACACAAAUUAGCGGAGGCAGAAGCUCUCGUAAGGUCGAUUCCGCAAUGGAGUGUCGCCGAAAGUGUAAAAAUUGGUCUGGAAUCGAUGGAUAAAAGGGAAGUUUUUGGUCCAGGACAAUUAAAGGAACUUAAGGCGAUCGUUAGAAAUUCAAGGAAUUCGGAUAAAAAAAUUUCUGCUGUCUUUGUGAGUAAAGGGAUGUUAACGAGACAACAAAAAACGAGUCUGGAAGGGAAGUUUGGAGUGCCAGUACUCGAUAGGUACUCAGUUGUCAUUCAAAUUUUACGAUUGCAUGCCAUUAGUGCCGAAUCCAAAUUGCAAGUAGCAAUGGCUGAAAUUCCCUACAUUUGGUCCCAAAUGCGCGACAGUCCCGACGCCUUCACCAAAGGUCAAUUCAUCUACACCGACGCCCAAAAGGAGAUGCUCAAACAACGUGAACGCCGCAUCAAAGACGAGCUCACACGAAUUCGCAGCCAACGAAAUCUCCUGCGUCGCAAACGUCUCAACAAAAAUUUCCCCAUUAUCGCCGUUGUCGGUUACACAAAUGCCGGCAAGACUUCCCUCAUCAAAACCUUAACGAACGAAUCAUCAAUGCAACCAAAGGACCAACUUUUCGCCACACUCGACGUAACCUCCCACGCAGGCCUUUUGCCAUGCAAACUGAAUGUCAUCUUUAUGGAUACCGUCGGAUUCAUGUCUGACAUUCCCACGGAGCUGAUAGAAUGUUUUGUGGCAACCUUGGAAGACGCCAUACUUGCCGACGUGAUUUUGCACGUGCAAGAUAUCGCCCACGAAAAUUACGAACAGCAGAAAAAACACGUGGAAACGACGUUGCACCAACUUUUGCGCCAAAUUUCGGACAAUCCCGAAGGAAUUAAGUUGCCGCCGAUCAUAAAUGUGGGAAAUAAAGUGGAUUUAUUCACGGGAGACUUGCAGCAAUUCGAAGAUAUGGCAAUUGUUUCGUCAAAAACGCAAGUCGGGAUCAGCGAUUUGUUAAAAACUCUCGAAAAUGCCGUUUUAAUGACGACCGAACGACGAAAAAUGAUCAUUAAAGUGCGUUGUGGCGGCGAGGAAUAUGCCUGGUUGUACAAAAAUACCGCAGUUACCGAAGCGACAGCAGAUCCAAAGAGUGCCGAGCACAUUUUGAUGCACGUAGUUAUCUCUGAACCCGCCUUGCAGCAGUUCAAACAUAAAUUCAUUAACGGACCAAAGUAG